CGGGGAGCGGCGGUGGCAGUCGGCAGGGCGAGGCCGGGCGGAAAGCGAGCGGAGAAGGGAAAGCAGCAGGGCGUGGGCGCCUCCUGCGCGGCCCCCUCCAUGGUCGGCGCCUGCAGGCCGCGGCGGCCUGUCUUGCGCUUCAUCUCCGCUACAUACUCCUGCGCCGCCGCCUCUUCUGGGGCUGCCGGCCGCCCUGUGUGGAACCCCCGGGGCUGAGUUCCGCGGCGCUGCGGCGGCGAGGAGGCGAGGGGCCCGCGAGGAGCCCUGAGGCUUGCGGUGGCCACCCGGCCCGCUCCCACUGGGCUCCUCGCCGCGGCCGCCGGCGCUGGGGGAGAAUGAGCCCCGGGGCCCGCGGGCGCACGGCCCGGGCCAGGCCGGGGAUCUAGACUCCGGCCGGGGAGGGCAGGGCCCGGAGGCUCGCGGCCGUUGCUCGCCGGCCGCCCAGAGCUGGGCGGUUUUGUUUUCGCCUUGGCGUUGUGCAGAAUCAAAGCGCAGUAAGAUGUCCACUAGGACCCCUUUGCCAACGGUGAAUGAACGAGACACUGAAAACCACACUUCACAUGGAGACGGGAGGCAAGAAGUCACCUCCCGCACCGGGCGCUCUGGAGCUCGGUGUAGAAACUCAAUAGCUUCCUGUGCAGAUGAACAGCCUCACAUCGGAAACUACAGACUGUUGAAAACAAUCGGCAAGGGGAACUUUGCAAAAGUGAAAUUGGCGAGACACAUCCUCACAGGCAGAGAGGUUGCAAUAAAAAUAAUUGACAAAACUCAGUUGAAUCCAACAAGUCUUCAAAAGCUCUUCAGAGAAGUAAGAAUAAUGAAGAUUUUAAAUCAUCCAAACAUAGUGAAGUUGUUCGAGGUCAUUGAAACAGAAAAAACACUCUACUUAAUCAUGGAAUAUGCAAGUGGAGGUGAAGUAUUUGACUAUUUGGUUGCACAUGGAAGAAUGAAGGAAAAAGAAGCAAGAGCUAAAUUUAGACAGAUUGUGUCUGCAGUACAGUAUUGCCACCAAAAACGGAUUGUUCACAGAGACCUCAAGGCUGAAAAUCUGUUAUUAGAUGCGGAUAUGAACAUUAAAAUAGCAGAUUUUGGUUUUAGCAAUGAAUUUACUGUUGGCAGUAAACUAGACACGUUUUGUGGUAGUCCUCCAUAUGCAGCCCCUGAGCUCUUCCAGGGCAAGAAGUAUGACGGGCCAGAAGUGGAUGUGUGGAGUCUCGGCGUCAUUCUGUACACCCUAGUCAGUGGGUCGCUUCCCUUUGACGGUCAGAACCUGAAGGAACUGAGAGAGAGAGUACUACGAGGGAAAUACAGAAUCCCUUUCUACAUGUCCACAGACUGUGAAAACCUUCUCAAACGCUUCCUGGUGCUGAACCCAGUUAAACGUGGCACUCUUGAGCAAAUCAUGAAGGACAGGUGGAUCAACGCAGGUCAUGAAGAAGAUGAGCUCAAGCCAUUUGUUGAACCUGAACUAGACAUCUCAGACCAGAAGAGAAUAGAUAUUAUGGUGGGAAUGGGAUAUUCGCAAGAAGAAAUUCAAGAAUCUCUUAGUAAAAUGAAAUAUGAUGAAAUCACAGCUACAUACUUGUUACUGGGGAGAAAAUCUUCAGAGCUGGAUGCUAGUGACUCCAGUUCUAGCAGCAACCUUUCACUUGCUAAGGUGCGGCCAAGCAGUGACCUCAGCAACAGCACUGGCCAGUCUCCUCAUCACAAAGUACAGAGAAGUGUUUCUUCAAGUCAGAAGCAGAGACGGUACAGUGACCAUGCUGGACCAGCUAUUCCUUCAGUUGUGGCAUAUCCAAAGAGGAGUCAGACUAGCACUGCCGAUAGUGACCUCAAAGAAGAUGGAAUUCCCUCCCGAAAAUCAAGUGGCACUGCUGUAGGAGGAAAGGGGAUUGCCCCUGCCAGUCCCAUGCUUGGGAAUGCAAGCAAUCCCAAUAAAGCUGAUAUUCCCGAGCGCAAGAAAAGCCCUGCUGUCCCCAGUAGUAAUACAGCAUCUGGUGGGAUGACACGGCGAAACACUUAUGUUUGCAGCGAGAGGUCUGCAACGGAUCGACACUCAGUGAUUCAGAAUGGCAAAGAAAACAGCCUGACAGAAGUGUUCGCUUAUGCAGCUAGCCCUGCCUCACUCUGUGCCACAUCUACCUGUCGGCUGAGACAUCAGAAGUCGAUGUCCAUGUCAGCCUCUGGGCACCCCAAGAUGAUGUUACCUCCAAUAGACAGUGAAGGAGAUAACUUCAAGGCUAUCACUAUUCCAGAUCAGAGAACUCCAGUUGCUUCCACCCACAGUAUUAGCAGUGCAACCACCCCAGAUCGGAUUCGCUUUCCAAGGGGCACGGCCAGCCGUAGCACUUUCCACGGCCAACCUCGGGAGCGGCGAACUGCAACAUACAAUGGCCCACCUGCCUCACCCAGCUUGUCCCACGAAGCCACACCACUGUCCCAGACUCGAAGCCGAGGUUCCACUAAUCUUUUUAGUAAACUAACUUCAAAACUCACAAGGAGAAACAUGUCAUUCAGGUUUAUCAAAAGGCUUCCAACUGAAUAUGAGAGGAACGGGAGAUAUGAGGGCUCAAGUCGCAAUGUAUCUUCGGAACAAAAGGAUGAAAACAAAGAGGCAAAACCUCGCUCACUGCGCUUCACCUGGAGUAUGAAAACCACUAGUUCCAUGGAUCCCAGUGAUAUGAUGCGGGAGAUCCGCAAAGUGCUGGAUGCCAAUAACUGCGACUAUGAGCAGAGGGAACGCUUCCUGCUCUUCUGUGUCCAUGGCGACGGGCACGCAGAGAACCUGGUGCAGUGGGAAAUGGAAGUCUGUAAGCUGCCAAGACUGUCUCUGAAUGGGGUCCGGUUUAAACGGAUAUCAGGGACAUCCAUAGCUUUCAAAAAUAUUGCUUCCAAAAUUGCCAAUGAGCUAAAGCUGUAACCCAGUAAUUAUGGUGUAAAUUAAGUAGCAAUUUAAGGUGUUUUCCAGAACACUGAUGGAAAUGUAUAGAGUAAUAUUUAGGCAAUAACGUCUGCAUCUUCUAAAUCAUGACAUUAAAGUCUGAGGACGAGAGCACGCCUGGGAGCGAAGGCUGGCCUUUUCUACGAAUGCACUACAUUAAAGUCUGUGACCCCGU